AAAAUGUGAAUGAAGACCACUAAAACUAGUUCACACACAUUUAGCAGUCUAGAUUUAGGAAAUAGCUGCACUUUUUGUUCAGGAAGUUUCUCUUCUGUGUCUGAAGUGACUUUCGGUUGGAUGUUUUCAGCAUGAUGUCCUCUCAUCUGUGUGCUCUGAACCUGUUUGUUCUUUGUGGUGUGUUUGGUGAUACAGAUGUAAUGAAGUCAGUAUCAGUGACUGAGGGAGAUUCUGUCACUUUACCGACAAAUGUUACUACAGUACAGAGAGAUGAUCAGAUACUGUGGAUGUUUGGACCUAAAGAGACUCGAAUAGCUGAAAUCUAUAAGCAGAGCAUUGAUAUGUUUAGCAGUGAUGAAACAUUUGGAGACAGACUGCAGAUGGACUCUUUCACUGGAUCUCUGACCAUCAGAAACAUCAGAACCACAGACUCUGGACUUUAUAAACGACAGAUCCGCAGCAACAGAGGAAACUCAGACAAGACAUUCAAUGUUAUUGUCUAUGCUCAUCUGCCUGUUCCUCUCAUCACCAGUAACUUUUUAAACUGUCUAGCAUCAUCAGUGUCCAAAUGUUCACUGCUGUGUUCAGUGGUGAAUGUGAGUGAUGUGACUCUCUCCUGGUACAAAGAAAACAGUUUAUUGUCCAGCAUCAGUGUGUCUGGUCUCAGCAUCAGUCUCUCUCUACCUCUGGAGGUGGAAUAUCAAGAUAAAAACAGCUGUGUGAUCAACAAUCCCAUCAGAAACCAGACUCAACAUGUGGACAUCAGUGAAGUCUGUCAGACACCUUCAGAAUCCAGACGAUCUUUACUUUUUGGUUGUAUUUCCUGCUGUUGCCGCUGUUGAUCACAGUUGUAGUCAUGUCAAUGUUCUGUCACCGUAAAAACUAUGCACAAACUAAACAAGAUGGCAAGUAUUAUGAAUAAUUUUAAAAAGGGGGAAAAUUAUACAAAUGUUUAGAAGUGGCAACAAAUUUUGUAAACACAAUUUAUUUAAUUUGAUGAAUUAUUAUCAAACAGCUCAGGCUAAUGAAGAAGUUGUUUAUACGGAAGCAACAUUAAUACCACACAGAGCUCCAGAUGCUGUAAGAUGUUUGUUAUUCUCCGCACUAAAUUGCAUUGCUUACAGACGCCCUGCUAAGUAUUGUUUUGUGUGUGUGUGUCUGCUUGUGGCCAUUUUUAUAUACAUUAUUUAUUUUUUUAUUUAUUUAAUGGAUGGCUGAAUUCUAUGGGACACACUGUAUCUGUGCUUUAAGCAUGUGUAGUAUCAGCUCUGUUCUUGAUGUGCGUCUCUUUUCUUACAGGAAGCUAAUGGGUGUGAUUCAAUGGUAUAAGUCGUGUUGAGACGAUUGUAGGAUAUACCAUCAACUCGAUGCUAGGAGUUUCAGGGGCUCAUGCAUGUAAAAAUGCCUUUAGUAUAUUACUCCACCUUAAAAAGUGGUAACUUGCAAACAUUACCGAAAAGAGUCUAUACAGUUGUUUUCUUGGACAAUAUGUGUCUUUUUGUUGAAAAGUCAUAUGCAGCCUGAACAUACUGUUAAUAUGAAAGAAUAAACCAUAUUUUUAUUUAUUUAUUUAUUUAUUUAUUUAUUUUCCAGUGUAAAUCUAUUCGCUGUGCUAAUGGCUCCCUCUGCUGACUGUUUGUGUGACUUACAGGAAUCAGUGAGAUAAUGUAUUGGGCUGGUUGGCAUGGUUAAAUCUGUUAGUCACAAAUCAUCUUUCUCCAAUAACAGCUUUUCUCCAGAAGUAUCUGUGUAUUCUGAAGAAAUAAUUUAAACACCACUGCCCUAAACUAUACAUAGGUAAAUAAAAAAAAUAAAUUAAUUAAAAAAAAAAAAAAAAAA